AUGAGCGCACAACAGCCUUCUACUCCUGCAGGGGGAAACCAUAACCCGAUCGUGUUUUUCGACAUUACCCUCGGAGGUGAACCGCUUGGACGUAUUAAAAUAGAACUCUUCUCCAAUGUUGUGCCUCGAACAGCUGAGAAUUUCAGACAAUUCUGUACCGGCGAGACGAAGAAUGCCCGUGGCCGGCCACAGGGUUAUAAGGGCUGUAAGUUCCACCGAGUGAUUAAAGAUUUCAUGAUCCAAGGAGGAGAUUUCAUCAAUGGCGACGGGUCUGGCCGAACAUGUAUCUACGGAACAGCCUCGUUCGCAGAUGAAAACUUCAAUCUCACCCAUGACGGGCCGGGAGUGCUUAGCAUGGCUAAUUCGGGCCCGAACACCAAUGGCUGCCAGUUCUUCAUAACUACCACCGCCACUCCAUUCCUCAACAACAAACAUGUCGUCUUUGGCCGCGUAAUAGAUGGUAUGGAUAUUGUGCGUAUGAUAGAGAAUACGCGCACUACAAGGGAUAAGCCGAACCAGGAUGUUGUAAUUGCGCAGUGCGGAGAGAUGUGA